UUCUUCCUCUCCCUCAAUCUCUCUUAGCAUGAGGAUGAGCUGCAAUGGCUGCAGGGUUCUGCGUAAGGGAUGCAGCGAAAGCUGCUCCAUUAGACCUUGUCUUCAAUGGAUUCACUCCUCUGAUUCUCAGGCCAAUGCCACUCUCUUCCUCGCCAAGUUCUAUGGCCGUGCUGGUCUCCUCAAUCUAAUUGAAGCCGGCCCUCAAGAACAUCGCCCAGACAUCUUUAGGUCACUUUUAUAUGAGGCCUGUGGGCGUGUAGUGAAUCCGGUUUAUGGCUCAAUCGGCAUGCUCUGGUCCGGCAACUGGGCUGAAUGCCAAGCUGCCGUUGAGGCAGUUCUCAAAGGCUCGACGAUAACCCAAACUUGUUCUUUAGAAUCACUUGAAGAAGAGCAACCCAUUUAUCCUCUCAAAACCUACGACAUCCGCCAUGUCUCCAAGGACACCAAGCCGGCAGACAUCGACAAGGUUAAGACCCGGUCCCGAGCUCGUUUUAAGCGAUCCAAGAGACAGAUACUUGACUCGCCCAACUCUGACACGUGGAUGAGCCAACUCGGCAAUGGUGACAGCAUCUUGUCCAAAAAGAGUCUUAGUAGCAGUAAUGUUGGCUUACAACUCACUCUUGCGCUGGUUCCUGAGGCAUUACCAAAGUGA